UACUCCUCAAAAUGUAAUCAAUCUGUUCUGGUAAUCUUCAAAGAAAGGUUAAAGGUGCUUAACUUAGGGUUUUGCGGUGAUGGAGUAUUUCGGCAUUCUCCCAGUAGAUAUCUCACUACAUAUUUUCGGCCUUUUACCGGUUGAAUCGGUUUCAGAUUUUGCAUUGGUGAGCAAAUCAUGGAAGAAUCUCAUUCAUAGUCCGUCAUUUUACAAAAUGCAUACAGUUCGUCUUCUUCGUCUUGCCAGAGAAGCCCAUGCUGAGAUUGGUCAGAAGCUGAAGGAAUUUAAGGAAUAUUGUGAAUUCGCUAAGCAAUUUGCUCUGUCUUGUCAGUCUGAGGAGCUUGUUCAACAAUUUCAUAAGAUCCGUUUCGAAUACGUUGAAGAGAAGAUGAACUCUGUGAGAUUAUCCGAACAAAAACUGGAUUACUCCAUAAGAUUAGCUAAAAAAAUGUGUUAGGAUGUGUUCGAAACCCAAAGAUAUCUCUUCUACUGAAACUGAAGAAAUGUGGAAGAUGUUGAUAAGUAAGCAGCUAGGAGUAGUAAAGUCCAUAAUUUCUGACCUUGGAAAAUUAUGUGAUGCUGAUAAGGUUGUAGCAGCAAAGGAACCCGAGUCUGCAGCUGCUUCUUUAGAUCUGCAAGAGUCGACAUCUCACCUAUCCGAUGAACUUUCUGCUGUGGAAACAAACAAACAACGAAUUGUCAAGAUGGAAAGUAUCGCAAUAUGCCGUACAUCUGGUCCAGCCUUUUGCCGACCUGUAAGAAGACUCAUUUAUUUCUGGUUUGAUCUAGUUUUGGGCCGAGGGUUAGGAGAAAGAUAAAUAAAUAAUAAUAGAGAUGCUACGUAAAAGAUUUGGGCGGAUUAAGUUGUCAGGUAGCUCUGGCUUGGUGAUGUUCUUUCAGAUAUUGGGAGCUUGUCCUCCUUCCUGUUGAUGAUGCUGAUACUGGGUGUUUGUUCAUUCAAAAAUAUUCCAUUUCCCUACUUGCCUUUCUCCUUUUACCAAUCAGAUGUGUGGAAUCUCUAUUAUGUAAAUAGUGAUGUUGUUUUUGAUGACUCCUUUAGACGUUCUCUGGAUGGUUUGAAUUGAUAUAUCGGUCUUUCGUUUA